UUGCAUGCACCGCGCGUUCGGUUCAGUUCACAUGUUGCACGGUACGCGUGUGGUUCAGCUGUAGUUUUAUUGCCCAUUGCUAUCCGUACUUAAGUUGUCUUUAAGAAAAGUUCUUACAGUUUAAAAAUAUAUAUUUGUUCCUAAUUUUCUUAAACAAAAAAUACUUAGUAUUAUUCGUUUGUUACAAAAUAUUUUUGCCUAUUUAAGUCGAAAAUGUUUUUGAAAAAAAUGUAUAUUUUAAUAUAAUAAUAAUUUUAAAGUAGUUUUUUUUAAUUGUAAUUUAAAAGCAAUUGUCAUUUCGUUACCGUUUGGUUUGGUUCGAUCGGUCGCCAUUCGGAUUCACAACAGGAGUUUGAUCGAACAAAAGAAGAAGUGCACGAAUCCGAGAAAAAAACUUGACCGCUAAAAGAUAAGUUGUGAAAAAAAACAUGAACAGCAUCAUAAUCGAUUAUGCAGUUUUUUUACUGCUUAUUGGCUUAUCGUUUGGGGUUAUGAUAUAUAGUAAACUAUCAGGACCGAAAGAAAGGACGAAAGCCGACUAUGUGUUUGCAUCCAAAGGAUCGGUUUCAAUGGGUGCAAUAUUGCUGUCAAUCGCACGUGGAUUUUUGGGAGUCAAAGUCUUUCUGGGAUAUCCAUCAGAAUUAUUUUAUAGAGGAAGUGGAAUGUGGGAGACGCUUUACGGAAUGGUCCUCGCGUUCCCAUUAGUUUUAUAUUUUUUCCUACCAGUUUAUUUUAAUCUUGGAAUUACUUCAGUUUAUCAGUAUUUAGAUAUGAGAUUCAAAUCAACGCUGGUACGAAGGCUGGCUUCUGGAACUUAUGUUGUCAGAAGUUUACUUAAUCUCGGUGUUACAGUAUUCACACCAUGUGUGGCCCUUAAAACCGUGAUGGGAUUGCCGUAUUGGUUUACAAUUACGUCAAUAUCAAUAAUUGCCAUUGUGUUUACAUUAUUGGGAGGGCUCAGAUCGGCCAUACUGGCCGACGCCGUUCAAAGUCUGGUUAUGAUCGGUUGCAGUGUCAUAAUCAUCUUACAAGGUUUUUACAUUGCCAAGGGACCCAUCAACGUGUUCGACGUGAACAAAUCUCGAGGUCGACUCGACUUUUUCAAUUUCGACAUGGAUCCGACGUUGCGCGUCUCCACCGUGUCAGCCACCCUCGGUCAACUGUUCAUGUCCUUAUCCAUGUUCGGUUGUCAGCAGAACUUUGUCCAGCGCUACUUCAGCAUGGAGUCGAUGAAACAAGUGGAAAAGGCCCUGUGGUUGACCAUACCACUCAUGGUAUUCCUGUUCAGCCUGUCGUGGAUAGUGGGCAUGGUAAUAUUCACCGUGUACGCCGACUGCGAUCCCCGAGCUUUGGGUUACAUUACCGAAAUCGACGAGAUAGUUGCGUUCUACGUGCGCGACAAGUUCUACUUCAUACCGGGUUUCAUGGGACUUGUGCUGGCCAGUCUGUUCAACAGCGGUCUCAGUCUGUUCGUUUCCAACUUGAACUCAAUAUCGACCGUCGUCUGGGAAGAUUUCGUCUCUCAGAUACCUUUUUUCAAACGGAUCAGUGAAACCAAACAGUUGUGGUGCAUAAAAGGCAUAAGUGCUUUGUGCGGAGUGUGUGUGAUGGGCAUAGCGUUCCUAGUAGCGCAGUCUUCGGGUGUUAUAGACGCUUCACAGUUAAUGACAUCGGCGACUAGCGGGCCACUUCUAGGAGUCUUCAUUUUAGCAAUGUUUUUCCCUUCCACCAACUGGAAAGGUGCUGCGACCGGAAUGAUAGUCAGUCACAUAACCACGUUCAUAAUCAUUUGUGGGGCAUUCUCUGUGCCCACCGAAAUUGAGUACUUGCCGGUGUCUAUAGAAGGAUGUACUAACACGACAUUCUCGUCACACGUAUUGCCACCAUUCGACGAACAGUUUAAUAUAUACAAAAGCUACAGUUUGAUCAACAAGACAGCCGAAAUGGUUAGUAAUUAUGCCCAAAGCUCUCGCCAAACGGAACCCGUCGUCGAACCUGCCUUCCACGAGAACAUUCUAGCCUCCUUGUAUUCGAUUACUUAUAUGUACUACUCGUUGUUGGGCACGUUUGUCACAGUGUUCGUUGGUAUAUUGGUCAGCUACGUGACAGAUUUGUGGGGCAAAGAAGAGAGAGGCAACGAUGAUCUACUACAUCCUAUGAGUUUGAAAGUGAAGGCAAUGUGUUCGAGUGAGAAGCAGUGCUACACCGCGGACCAAAAGCAAAACGAUAAGUGUACACAGCUGACCACUAGCGACGAGACAUUGGCGUCUAAGGAAUCGAUCAACGUGACCGCAGUCCAACAAAGCGUACCGUAACAACGCAUACCAGUGUGUCGAGCCUCGCCUUACCACUAGACCUCGACCAGCAUAUCGUUUUUGCUCAGCCUUACCAUUCCCGGUUAUAUUGUGCGUUUGUAAAUAUACGUUGGACAAAUAUUUAAACGAAUUAAUUACACAAAAAAACUCUCCGUUAAUUAUCUAUUAUUAUAAUACUAAUGUAAUUACUAGAAAAAAAAAACUAUACCAACAAACAACGAAAAAACCCUAAUUGGUACCUAUGUUUAAAAAUCAUACAUCAGUAUUAUUUUAGUAAAACGUUGUUUAUUAAUUUAUCAGUAGCUGUCAGUAGCUGUUGACACAGACCUUUAGAUUCGAUUCGUUGGAUUCCAUCUAAUUGUGUACUUGUCGAUGAGGAUUUUCAAAUUAGAACUUAAAAAGCGUUUUUAAAGCGAUAUCUUGUUAUUGUGUUGUAUAUUUUUGAUUAAUUAUUCUUCCCUACAUAGUACUUAAAAUAUAUUUCUACAAGGCCGUCAUUGUUGACAUAAAAAAACAAAUAAAUAUUGUCAUUGCGUCUGAGCCAAUAAUAUUAUAAAUAUUUGUUAUUUUAUAUACAUGUGAUGACAGAGCAUAAACUAAACAUUUUACUGUAUAAAUAUCGUUAUUGGCAAAGAAAUCAUGAUGAGCCUUAAUUUGUUUUCACUCGAGCAGUUCCAUAAUUAAAGCUGUUACAUCUAUAUAGAUGUUAAUAUAAAACAAAAUAUUAGUUAUUGAUAGUUGAUAGUAAUUACGCCUAUAUACUUAUGUAAAUAUUGUUGUUUUAGUUGCUACAAUUAGUAGGAUUUUUUUAAGAAUUUAGCAGUAGUGAGGUAAAAAACCAAGUGAAACAUAGCAUAGCUGUACCUACUCAUAUUUGAGUGGAAAGAUAGUGCGAAGAUGAGACUAACGAUUCUUGAGUUCAUUAUUUUUUUGAAUUAAAAAGUUGAUGCGUUUUUGUCAAAAAUGUCAUUUGUGAUUUUAAGGUUAACACCGUUUACUGUUUUUUUCUUUUUGACGGUUUUAUGCCACAAAUUUGAAAACGAGUUGGUCCAACUUAAACGAUUUUAUAAACUGAUCCGCUUAGUUGUCGGUCGGCCGCGGUUUCCCAAAUUACCGUUAUAAGAUUUGUAAUAGUUUUGUUUCAACGAGUAUAACGCAUAGUGAACUAUUGCAAUUGUUUUCAGUAUUCUUUAUAAAUAAUAAUUAUAUAUUUUAAUUUAAAAAUGUUCAUGAAAAUGACUAUUUUUUAUAGAGUAUUACUAAUCA